CCCGAGCCCUGCCGCCUCCCGCGGCGCGCACCUCCGCCUUCCUCCCCCUUCCUCCUCCUUCCUCCUCCUCCCGCUGCUGACGUGUGGCGCUGCCCGGCUGAAAACUCGGCGCCGCGGCGGAUGCGGCGGCUCUCGGCAGCGCGGCGGCGGCGAAGAUGGUGGCGGCUCCGUGCGCCCGCCGGCUGGCGCGGCGCUCCCGCUCGGCGCUGGUGGCGGCGCUCACCGUGCUGCUGCUGCAGACCCUCCUCGUCUGGAAUUUCACCUCCCUCGACGCCGGCGAGGAGCAGCAGCGUGGAGGGGCCGGCCGAGAGAAGAGAGACCGCGGCGGUGCUGCCGGCGGGGACAACCGGGAGCACCCGCAGCGCCGCGGAGCCGGCGCCCUGCACGGCAAGGCCAUGGAUGGCUAUUUUUCCCACCGACCGAAAGAGAAAACACGAACGGACAGCAAUAAUGAAAAUUCAGUCCCCAAGGACUUUGAAAACAUUGAUAACAGUAACUUUGCUCCCAGGACUCAGAGACAAAAACACCAGUCUGAGCUGGUGAAAAAACCCCUAAGCAAGCAAAAGGAGCAUCUGAGAAAGAAACUGGAAGAGGAGAAGGUGAAAGAGAACUCGCUACUGGGGAAGAGCUCCAACGAGGUGGUGCAGCUGGGUGAUCAGCCUGGGAAAAACAGCAGCAGCAACAGCAAUCUGAAGGACAUUCACAGGCCUCCCAGGCAGCAUCAUCUCACAAAAAGCGGAAACAGCUCCCCUGAAGUGCGGUACGAGCAGCCCCCAAAGUGCGAUGUAACGGGCAAAGAGGCAAUCUCAGCCAUGUCCCGGGCUAAGUCGAAGCAGUGCCGACAGGAGAUCGCAGAGGCAUACUGCCAGCACAAGCACGGGAAGCUGAUGCCGGAGAAGGUGACACGUUUCUGUGCACUGGAGGGAAAAGCCAACAACAAUGUGCAAUGGGAUGAGGACUCCGUAGAGUACAUGCCAGCCAACCCAGUCAGGAUCGCAUUUGUCUUGGUUGUUCAUGGCAGAGCUUCUCGGCAGCUCCAACGCAUGUUUAAGGCUAUUUACCAUAAAGACCAUUUUUAUUACAUUCAUGUUGACAAGCGAUCCAAUUACUUACACCGGCAAGUGCUCCAGUUUGCUAACCAGUACCCAAAUGUGAGAGUCACUUCUUGGAGAAUGGCAACUAUCUGGGGAGGAGCAAGCCUUCUGUCCACCUACCUGCAGAGCAUGAGGGACUUAAUGGAGAUGAAUGACUGGCCAUGGGAUUUCUUCAUUAACCUCAGCGCUGCCGACUACCCAAUCAGGACAAAUGACCAACUAGUAGCAUUCCUGUCCAGAUAUCGUGAUAUGAACUUCUUGAAGUCACACGGCAGGGACAAUGCAAGAUUUAUUCGAAAACAGGGACUGGAUCGGCUUUUCCUGGAGUGCGAUACGCACAUGUGGCGCCUGGGGGACCGGAAGAUCCCAGAGGGAAUCGCCGUUGAUGGAGGGUCAGACUGGUUUCUUCUCAACAGAAAGUUUGUGGAGUAUGUGACUUUUUCCAACGAUGAUCUUGUAACAAAGAUGAAGAGGUUUUAUUCUUACACAUUGCUGCCUGCUGAGUCCUUCUUUCACACUGUUCUGGAAAAUAGCCCAUACUGUGACUCCAUGGUGGACAACAAUCUGCGCAUCACAAACUGGAACCGUAAACUUGGCUGCAAGUGUCAGUACAAGCACAUCGUUGACUGGUGUGGCUGUUCGCCUAAUGACUUCAAACCAUCAGACUUCCACAGAUUCCAGCAGACUGCCAGGCCGACUUUCUUUGCCCGCAAGUUUGAAGCUGUGGUCAAUCAGGAGAUAAUUGGCCAGUUGGACUAUUACCUGUACGGCAACUACCCAUCUGGCACCCCCGGCCUCCGGUCCUACUGGGAGAACGUGUAUGACGAGCCCGAUGGCGUGCACACCCUCAGCGACAUCGCGCUCACCAUGUACCACGCAUUCUCCCGCCUGGGCCUGCGGAGAGCCGAGACUUCAUUUCACACUGCUGGAGACAAUAGCUGCCGAUACUAUCCCAUGGGCCACCCAGUUUCCGUCCACCUUUACUUCCUUGCUGACCGUUUCCAGGGUUUCCUAAUUAAACACCAUGCCACCAACCUGGCUGUCAGCAAACUAGAGACUUUGGAAACGUGGGUAAUGCCAAAGAAAGUCUUCAAGAUCGCGAGUCCACCCAGCGAUUUUGGAAGGUUACAGUUCUCAGAGAUCGGCACCGAGUGGGACGCCAAGGAAAGGCUUUUCCGGAACUUUGGAGGACUCCUUGGGCCAACAGAUGAGCCAGUUGGCAUGCAGAAAUGGGGGAAAGGCCCCAACGUCACCGUUACUGUCAUUUGGGUGGAUCCAGUCAAUGUAAUAGCAGCAACGUAUGAUAUUCUUAUUGAAUCCAGUGCAGAAUAUACUCACUACAAACCACCUUUGAAUUUGCCCCUGCGACCUGGUGUCUGGACAAUAAAAAUUCUGCACCACUGGGUACAGGUAGCUGAAACCAAAUUCCUCGUUACUCCUCUCACCUUCUCAAAUCGGCAGCCUAUCAAACAAGAGGAAGCCUUGAAGUACCACAGCGGGCCUCCAAAGAACGCGUACAUGGAGCAGAGCUUCCAGGGCUUGAACCCCGUCUUAAACAUCCCCAUCAGUGCCGCCCGCAUGGACCAGGCCAAAAGGAACGCGGCACUGGUGGGCGCCCGGCUGGAGGCCUGGGUGGACUCGCUGGUGGGCAGCGUCUGGUCAGCCGUGGACAUCUGCAGCACCGGCCCCACCGCCUGCCCUGUCAUGCAGGCCUGCACCCAGACGGCGUGGAGCUCCCUGAGCCCAGACCCCAAAUCGGAGCUGGGCCCCGUCAAACCCGAUGGGCGCUUGAGGUAGCAGCCGGUACGCCCUCCUGCAGCAUAGGGUUUUAAAAGGGAAUUUAACCUUGCUUCAUACGUGAAUCUCACACCAGGUUUCACCUAAGGGAACAUUAUACUUUUUUUGUUACAUAUCGCAAUAUAGUUCUUAAAAGAUAAUAAUAAUUCCGACAAGGCCUUUGGCACCGCUCUCUCCAUCAGCUCUGUCAGGAACAGCUUGGUUCACCUCUGCUGUCCCGCUGGCCCCAGCCAUGCGGGCCUUGAAGCAGUAGCAGCCAUGGAGAGGGCAGUGAAGGAGCAGCUGCUGAAAGUGUUGUUUUUUUAAAAUAAAUUUGUCUGUACCUCUGCUGUUUCAUAGGCUUUAAUUAUUUUGCUACCAUGCAUAAAUCACAGCAAAAUUCCCUUCUAUUUAUGCUUCCUGGGGAGGUUGGUUACUGCAGGCUAUAUCCCAUAUGGCCACAAUACUUUACAGAACAUGAAAUAAUUAUGGUACACCCUCAUUAUUUUUUUAUAUAUAUAACACAAAGCAAUUCUGGACUCAGCUAAUGCCUGUUGUCAUCCUAGUUAGGGAAUGCAAACCGAGGCAUAGACGUUCAGAUUACAUUCAGAGAAUUUUCAGACUAAUUUCAUGCUAAACUCUAAAUGGAACUGGUGUUUUGCAAUAUUAGUCUUUCAUUUCUCAUGCGGUCAGAUUCAGGAUCUGAGUAGUAGCAGUAUUAUUUUAAAAGCCCAAGAAGCAUUUUGGAUUUCAGCCCUUUGAAAUCCGCAGGGUCUUUCUAAGCCCACCUGCACCUAUGCAUAUUGCAGACUUUCCUGCACAGCAAGUGUGUGUGUAAAUUUGGGUAGCUUGGGCUGUGUCUGCUCACGCGUUUGCUGAUGAGCCGAGCUGUUUUUUCUCAGGCAGCGGAGUUGCUCAGAACCAGUAAAAUGAAGGCAUUUGGCCUUUGUAGUUUAGAGUUGGCAAUUAUUUUUAUCAGUGCGAACAAGAUUGGGACCUGAAUCUGCAGCAACACAUUUCUUCCCUAUAAUUGAGUAGUGGCUAAUAAGUUUUAACACUAAUUUCCUGCCUUGAUCUCAGCUCUGCCAGCUCUUCAUGAAGGGUAUUUUUAGGCUUGUCAGGACACCUUGAAGACUGUGCAGGACAUCAGGGUUCCUGACCAAAGCUGGACAUGAAAGAGCAACACCAUGUUUCUCGGUGCUUUUCCUUUAUUCUCUCAAAAAAUUCCACCCUUGUCUGUACUCAGAGUUUUUAGCAGGCUGCAACCUGUUUGAAAUAGGCUUGUACUGCAUCAUUUUACGCUGCAUUUUCUACAGUAGGAAAAAAAAUGCAUUUACAUUCCAAAAACUUUUUUAAAUGUAGGUUUUACGUGCAAAUUCAUCUCCAACUGAUUCACAUUUGCAUAAAACAUGCACUUUGUUUCUGUUGCUGUGGUAAUCUCUUGACCCAGAAAGGCUAUUAGAAGCUAUUGGGUUCACUAGGAAAAAAUCCUGUUGAUUUAAUAAAGCCAGGUACCUGUUUACCCUUCUGUGGGUAUGUCUAACUUUCAUUCCUGCUGAUGAGAGUUAAGUUUCCACAUCAGGAGGGCAAUAGACCCUUAAAUCAUUCCGUAAUCGCAUCACACAGAAAGGUUGAAUUCCCUUUUAAACAACUCUUGCACGAUGACCGUGACACAGAGAUCCCAGCGGCUUGUUCUCUCUCUCUCUCUGUAGUAUUGGUUUAAAGCUACUUGCAGUUUGCUUUGGACUUAAAAUUGCAGUGUCAGCUGUGCUGGCAUUAAGGCAGAGCAUUGAAAUGUUUAUCUGGCAUGAAAAUGGAUGCAUAGAAGGAACAAUUUAGGUAUUUAUUAUUUAUGUUUUAGUCAAUGACUAAUUAGUAGGUGCUGCUUUUGCAGCUUGAAGAUUAUGUUAUCUUACUAACUGAAGCUGCCUUUAUUAAGAAAAGGCCUUCCUCCCCUCACACCUCCCUUUCUUUUUUUCUUCUUGAUCUCGACAGUCAUGAGAGCUGUAGUUUUAGGAAAGCUUGUAGCAAUGAGAGCUGGUUGAAAUAUUUCAGUCAAAAUAAUGUUCCUGCUUUUCAACUGGCUCUGGAGGCCAGUGUGUUUAAAACCAGGGUUGCCAACAGGUUUAUGUAAUAGAAAUACAGUGUCAUUACUUACUCAGUAGGGUUUUUUUGUCGUUCUGUUUGUUUUGUUUUUUAACAGUGCUGAUUGUUAAUCUAACAUUCCUUCAUGAAGUGCAGAUUUUCUGGGGACUUCCAAUCCUCAUUGUGAAAUCCAGGGCUUUAGUCGCAUUGAUGCAAUGGCAACUGCACAGUUAAAGUCCUGCGGAUCAAAUGGAGAACAUCGUAUUUAGGGCACACAAUAAAAUUCUUUAACAAUCCUAGUCAGUGAUUGUUCUCAAUGAGACUGCUGGGGUAGUCACAAAAUCUUCAGUCUGUCUUGCACAUAGGCAUAUGUAUAAGGGUGCGCCCACACAACACAUGCAGAUAACUUGAUAUUUAAAUUUGAUACCCUUUUAUCCUUUAACAGGAACGUUUUAAGUGCUUUGUUGGUAAAUUCUCAUUAUUAACUAGAUGAAGCAGAAGGUGACAACAAUCCGGUCUUUUGUGGCUAGAAGAAAAUCUGCCACUUCCGUGACUUGAAAUGUAAGGCACAAAUUAUUUUGUUUUAGUUCAAGAAAGGAAAAGAAAUCAACUGGUUGCUGAUAUAUCUCUUUACACUAUACGUUAGGUUUAAAAUGUAUAUAUUUUAAUAUUACUUUGUUUUCUGAAAGACAAAAAGCAUCUACACAAAGAAGUUCUGUAGCAAGCUGGUACUCGCAGCACUAGCUGUAAAACUGAAGAGGCUGGUCCGACAGCCCUUUCUCAGGCAAAAUUUCCAUGGAGCGCUGAUUCUGAGUGAGGACUUCAGAGAUAAGUCCAACAUAAAUAAAAGGGGUGACAUUAUCCCAUGAAUAAGUACCACAUGUGUUUGAAAUCAUCAGAGGAUGAGCUGCCAUGUUUGGAACAUCUUCUGAGCUGAGUGUCAAGUUUUGGCCCUAUUCAGCUAUAGCUGUUGGUGUGCAGCCACAGCCCCAUGUCCUAUAGGCACACUGUGUCUGAGUUGCAAAGUGCUGUAACUGUGCAGUACAACCCAUGGAAAGCCAGGCUUGCCAUCAGGAAUCAGAGCUUGCUCCAAGCUGUGGCUGUGGCAGUGCUGCUAAGAAUGACGCUCUGCUAAGUGGCUUUUCUGGAUCUGAAAUGGCAGGCACUUGGAGCCGGUGAUGAAUAUUAUAUAUUGUUAGAAGAGAAUAACUUCACAGAUCUUACAUUUGGUGAAAAGGAGAAUUCAGAGCAGGGACCACAGUUCGUACAAAACAAGCAAGUUAGGCAUCUUCAUUUGAAUGUGCUGGUGUUAUUUUCCAAUCACACUGGCUAGUCCUUGCUGAAUAGGACUCCAACUGAAAGCCGGCUUUGAUCAGAAUCCCUUUGCACGCAUUUGUCCUCUGUGUAUAAUGCUUUGCUCAUUUAAAUUCUGUGCCCAUUCUGCGCGAUAGCCAUGUAACACUUCUGUGAUCAAUCAGUAUUACAUAGAAAGGAGUUGUGGCAAGAUGUAGAACAUCUACAUAUGUGAUUUAAUAAAUUACAUCCAAAGUCAGUCUUAGUGAUAUGCAGACCUGUUUAUAUGGUAAUGUUAAGCCUUGAGGCUAAUAGAAAUAGCUCAAAUGACAGUUUAUUUUAAAGUGUGUCCAACUCUUUGAUGACACUUGGACACUGAGUAUUUCUAUUUUCAUUUCCUGAUAUUCAAAUUUCUAGAAUUAAAAUUAUGCCUUCAUUUUUUGUGCUCUCAGCAAGCAGAGAAUUUUAAGAAUCCCUCCAUGAUGGCAAGUAUGACACAAGGAAGUCCAUCUGUGUCUCUGUUGCUAAGCCUUCAUUAUCGCUAAGCCCAGAGAUGCAGGAAUGUGCAUUUGUGUGCUACAAAUUGACUUUCCUAGGUAUCAGCUUUAAUGCACAAUGCAUGUACAGUUGCUUAACAGCAAAUUAACAACGAUCCUGCAGCACCUUCGGAAGGACCAACUAAUGUGAAUUCACCUUCUGUCCAUCUGCAGAGCUAACUGCAAUACUAAUGAAGGCUGUGGAUACUAACAAAGUCUCUCUUAGCUACUAUUACAGUGACCAGAGCAGUGAAGUCAGUGAAUCAGAACUGGAGUUUUCUAAACCUGACUGAAGGGAGAGACACAGAAUCAUAGAAUGGCUCGGGUUGGAAGGGACUUGAAAGAUCAUCUAAUUCCAGCCCCCCUGCCAUGGGCAGGGACACCUUCCACUAGAUCAGCUUGUUCAAAGCCCCAUCCAGCCUGGCCUUGAACACUUCCAGGAAUGGGGCAUCCACAGCUUCUCUGGGCAGGGUAAGGAUAAAGAAGAUGCUAAAACUUUGCAAAAAUUUCAUAUAACCAUGCUGCAACAAUACUUUGAACAAACUGGGCAACUCUUCUGCACAGCAAGACUGAGAAAUACUGAUACCAUGAGAUCUUAGUUUUGACUUCCCAGAUAAAAAUAAAACCAAAUCCAGAUUUUAAUUGUGGCCAGACAAUGAGGACCAACUUUUGUUGAUUUCUGUAGUUCUCAUCACAGCUGUCAGAGAACUGCCAGCUUGCCGCUGGCUAUCACACCCUCCUUGUUGCUUUCCCAGAUCCCAAGGCUUCAGGAGUUGGCCAAAUGAAACCUUGGCUGACUCCAUUGGUUCCAUUGGGCAGGAUGUUUUGUACUCCUGUGAGCCAAAUCCCUUAGGCUUCUUCAAAACCCCGAGCUGUAAAUUGGAAAAGUUUGCUUUUCAGAGCAGUCUUCAGCCAGCUCAGUACUAACAUAUAUGAAGGUGGCUGUAAAAGUGACACUGGUUAUCUCUGCCUGACUUUUCAAGCACAGAUAUUUAAUACAUGUAACAGUAGGUCUGGUUAGUUCAGCGGCAGAGAAAGACUGACCUGGUAGAAAGCGGUUAGCAGCAUUUUCUGUUGUCUUUAGCUUCAGUCCGGUAGCGAGAAGGUAAUGCUCUGUGUGCUUUCUUUUCAACUAUUCACGGCCUCCAAGCUAGUCUUAGGGAUUUAUAGCACAUCGCCUUAAACUCAUAGUCAACGACAACUGAAAACAGAACAGAGUCCUCCCAGACCAAACCCUCCAGCUUCUGACAAGACAGCUCCGGGGCUGCUGUCCAUGGGCAGGGCACAAGCAGGGUGGGGGGUACAGGACACUGCCUGUCCCAGGGGCCCGGGGGGGGUGCUGCCGAGAACAGGCAGACCAGCUUGCAGAGCACCCCACAGAGGGCAGGCACUGCUGCAGCCAGGCACAGAGGAGCCAGACAAAUGUGAAAGAGGGUUAAGAGCAGCCAGGAUGCUGUAGACAGUAUCACAGAAUCAUAGAAUAUGUUGCAUAUAGAUCUGCAGCAAGUGUGGGAAGGAUUUUGUAGGGAAAUGCCUUUUUUCCUGUAGGCUAUUCAAGGGCAAGUGUUCAGAUUUGUAACAGGCCUUUGAAAGCCUUCACCACCACCACCAAUGUAAGGAAAAUGAGAAUCAGGCUGAGAGCAUUUAAAAUUGAGGCAACAAGGUCUCACAGCCCGUCACCCAGGACAACAGCAGCAUUAGGUUUUUUGCAGUUGCACAUGUUGUUGGCAGCGAAUAACCCUCGUGAUGUGAGACUGCAGGUACCAUGUUGAUUUUGCUCCUUUAUACUAAUGACAGUGUAUAGAUCACUCUCCUCUCUUUGCUUCUGCCUUGGUUACCUUCUUUUGCUCAUGGGUGCUAUCACAGCUGCUACCUCACUGUGUCUGCAAACACGUUUACCUGAUAACAACAAAAAAAGGUACCAGAAAUCUCCUUGAACUGAAUGUACAAUCUAUGCAAAUUCUCUUUCUACUUUGUUAAAACCUAAAAGUAUUACACGUAACCUUGCCAAAUAAACAGCAAGAUACUGUACAGGUGCCUCUGAUAACAGAGUGACAAUUCUAGGCGCGGUUCAUUGCGCUGCAUUUGUAUAUUGUAAUGACUUUGCUUGUCUUUGGUUCUGUUGUAAUUAACACCCUCGACUGAGACGAUAGUAAUCUCUUGCUAGGGGAGCACCUUCAGUUUGCUGGGAAUAUUCUGGAGGAGGAGGUCUGUGGCAUUGAAUUUUAUUUUCUAGCUUACGUCCAAAAGAAGGCACAGACUUACUGGCCAAAAUUGGGAUGGUGUUCCAGAUUUUCCUUGGGUAAAGCCUGUUGGCUUUGAAUUGCUCAGUGUCUGUUCCCAUUGUGGCAUCCAGUGCGUUGCCCCUUAAAGAAAGCCUUACUUUCAUCCUUUCUAAAUGUGGCCUUAAACUGUGUUAGAAAGUUAGGUGUUGUCUGUGUCUUGCUCACUUUUUCUGUUUGUUGUGGAAGGAAUAAAAGGCACCUUGAGAUUUCUAUUACAGCUCAGUUGUGUUGCUGUCAGCUUACACUUCACAAAUACAAUAGAAAUUGCUUACAAAUGCAGUCUUUAAGGGAAGAAAAUGACCUUCCCUUUGGGCAAAAGGAAGGCUCAGACAUUCAUAUAAACCUUAGGAAAUUAUGAGCUCUGUCUUUUGCAACUUACUGUAGAUAAGGAAGGUGGAUUUAAUUACCUACAAAAUGCAAACUUAAUAGCUUUUUAUUUAUCUUCAGACUGUAACUGGACAGACUGCUCUUAGAUGCACAAGACAAUUUCUGGAGUAAUUUCACUCAUUUUGACAUGCGAUAGUAGCAUGCCUUUCAGAAUCAUACUAGUAACUGGGAGAAGCUGUAUUCUCUUUAAUGGUAUGGUCUUAAAAUCUGAAGAACAUCACCACUUGGGGCCAGAUUUUGAGUGAUGGUUGGGAAUCUAACAGUACACAUAGAAGACAGAGGAGUCUGGCUGUAUCAUCAGUCAUAAAUUCACUUCCAAACAUCUGGCCUUUGGAGCCAGGUCCAAAGGUUGUCAAAGUCAGCAGAAACCACGGCCUUCUGCUAAGGCUUGGUGUGUUGGUUUCUUUAAUACUUUUUCUCCAUGGAGAACUGUCAUGUUUCAGUAGUACCAAUAUUCCCGGCAGGCUGCAGUGCUUUAGGAAUCCCAAAUCCUACCCUGUUCCAGUGUUCUGAUGCAUAUACAACCCAAAGGCAACUGAGAAGGGUUUACAUAGCAAAGAAGAUUUGUGAAACAAAAAGUAUUAAUUCGAGUUAAUGAAAUGAUUUUUCUGACUUUGUUAUUUUGGUUUUGGUUGAUUGGAUUUUUGUAUUGCCUAGCAUAAUCCAUAAUAAGUUAUUCCUAUUCUGUCAUUUUCAAAGACUGGUGGUAAUAUAGUUUUAAGAAAUAACUAUUUUGUUAUAGAUCAUAAUAUGCAUAAAA